CUUAAACCCUCCGUUCCCUCAGCCCCUUCGAUUCGGCGCCUCCGAUCUCUCGUUCCCUCAGCCCCUUCGAUUCGGCGCCUCCGAUCUCUCUAUCUCCCACAUCCCCCAUCCCUAGUUCCGCCCAGGGCUAGGGUUGCCAGACCAAGCCGCGGAAGCCAUGGAAGGCGGCGGCGAGUCGCCGAACGGAGUGGUGAUUGAUCCGGUGCGGCCCGCAGACAGGGAAGGCUUCUACAAUCGAGACCCCGAUCUCAACGACGUCGUGUGCGCGCUCUGCGGCGACGGCGGCGAACUGCUGUGCUGUGAAGGGCCAUGCUUGAGGUCGUACCAUGCGACCAGAGUUGCAGGUCAUCCUUCAGGCUGCAGGUCACUCGGCUUCACCACAGCACAAGUACAGGCUAUGCGACAUUUUGUUUGCUGGAGUUGCACAAACAGGCAGCAUCGAUGUGCAGUGUGCGGGGUACGGGGAUCUUCAAGCGAACUCAAUGCUCAGGUGUUCCUAUGUGACCAUGACACUUGUGGCCGCUUCUACCACCCCAUGUGCAUUAGCACAAAGCUUCACCCCGGGGAUCCUGCAGAGGCUGCCAGAUGCAGAAUCCGGAUUACCACUGGUCGGCCUUUCUGGUGCCAGGGACCACAUCGUCCACGCGCUCUUGUUUUCCACGAUUGAGGAUUGGUUUCACGCACGCACUAGAAUUGCAGUUGAACUUCCAGACUAUGACGAUUAUCCUGAUCGUAUCAGGAUUGGUUAAAAUCUCUCUCUUGGAUUCCAUGUAACUUUCUACGCUGCAAGUUUGCGACUCUAACUCGUUAAGUGGCCACAUUGUGAAAUUCGUACGAGUUGCUUGAUGCGUCAUGCAACAAGGGGCACUAGUAAAAUUUCAUUUGAAAGUUUCGCGAA